AUGUAUAUCGAUAUUCCACGUCCUUCUUCUUUACCUCCGGAUACUGAUAAAGAGCCCCCGCCACCUCUGUCAGGAUCAGAUGGAUGUGAACAUCAUGACACAGUUCGGACGUUACGGUCAUUGAAAGGAUGGGGCUCUUCCACGAAACAUUUGGCGAAUCAAUUGGUUAUUGAAGUUCCUGUAAACUCAUACAAACAUGUCAAGAAAAUUAAAGGAGUUGGAUCCGCGCAUCGAGAGACGAAACACUUUUCAAGUACAACUACAAUGCACGGUCCAAAAAGAAUAUUUUAUGGAAAAGGUGUCGCGAGAGCAUUUUGGGUUCUUAUUGUUGGACUUGCUCUCGCAAUGUUGAUCUUCCAAAUAGUCGUACUUCUUCAAAUGUACUUCUCAAAACCAACACUUUCCCAAGUGUCAUUCAUUGUGAACGAGGGUGGAAUGGACUUUCCAGCAGUCACAGUCUGUAAUUUCAAUCCCAUCAAAAAGUCAUACGUACGGGAAUUGAAUGCAUCUGGAGAUUUGACAGGAGCUACGUUAGAGUAUCUUCUACAGACAAAUAUGGAUGCAAUGUUUGUCUUCAGUAACCUGGAUAGAAAUAAUUUAAAACAAACGCACGAUGAGGCGGAGACGUAUUUUCAAAAUCACACAGAUUUUCAAAUCAUUAAGUUUCUGCGGACUGCUGGAUACGAUUGCGGAGAAAUGUUCUUGACUUGUUACUUCGGAGGAAGAAGAUUCGAUUGCUGCAAAUAUAUGAAACAAAAAGUGACAUCUCUCGGGAAGUGUUGGGAGCUUGAUCUACAGAAUCUUGCUCCAGAAUGGAUGAGGAAGCAAAUAUCACCGGGAAGUGAAUCAGGACUUCAGAUGAUUGUUGACGCUCAAUUAGAAGAAGAACUGAGAGGAGAAGAUGGAGAUGCAAACGCAAUAUUCUCUGAUAUCUAUGAAAAUGGAUUCAGAUAUUACAUUCAUCCACCAGGUGCAAAUGCUGAAUUAACUUCCGAAGGAAUCAGUGUUUCUCCGUCGAGAACUGUUUAUUCUGCUAUCAAAACGAUUUCGCACAACCUAUUGAAUCGAAAAAAUUGGGGAAAUUGUUCCGAACACUGGCCUGAGCGAUACGAUACAUUCCUCUCUUACUCUGCAUCUGCCUGUCGAGCUCUCUGCAUUGCUCAGUAUUUCAAUGACACUUGUGGAUGUGCUCCGUUUACUUAUAAUGUUGAUGGAAAGAAAAAGAUUUGUGCUCCAUAUGAAUCAAUCACCUGUAUGGAUAACCAUAUGCUUCGAAAAUUGAAUGGAACUGAUUAUUUGGAACUUCCAGACUGUACAGAAUGUCAUAUGGAAUGUCAAAGCACCAGUUAUACAUCAUACAACUCAUAUGGAGAUGGAUUUAAUCGAGGAUCUCUGGAAUGGUUGAAGAAAAUCAGUAACAAAACGGAAACUCAUAUCAAAAACAAUGUAGCAGUCAUUAAUAUCUUCUUUUUGGAGAUGUUUUAUACUUCAUAUUCACAAGUUCAAGCCACUUCUCUCACUGAAAUUUUAUCAGAUAUCGGUGGAAACAUGGGCAUGUUUUUGGGAAUGUCAGUUAUCACAAUCACCGAGUUAACACUGUUUUUCUCAAAGAUCUUCUGGAUAAUGUUCUCAAAAAGAAGGAGACAAUAUAUGUAUUCCAAGAAGGCGCAUGAAAAAGAGAAAGAACAACAAUUGGAUGAUGCAGUUAAAGAAUUUCAAGAAAGAAGAUCGAGACGAAAUUCAAGAGAAAACAUUUCUGCUCUCAGUAACUACAGUAAUCGAAUCGUUCCGUUGGAAGAAUUUCAAAAGAAAUUUGCAUAUAAAAAUGGGAAUUCAAUGGAUAAUCUUUCGUCCAACAGCUUGGAUAGUGUGAUAGAACUAAAAUUCGACAUCAAUGAGUUGCGUCGUCAGUUGAAUCAACAGUCUUCCGAUGGAAUCGCUCGUAUUCGUUUACCAACUCAAACGACCCGACCAAACUCUACAAAUAUGGAUAAUUAUUCCUCAGGACCACCUAUAUUCACAAUUGAACCCCUCUCCAGAAAGUCAUCUCAAACUCCAUCACCGCCUAUCCGAGGACCUUUUUAUCAAUCUUCUAAAUAG